CGUUGUUGACAUCAACUUCCUACUUUGCGGUAUGAAAGCCUUCAACGGCAGCUUUCGAUCAUGAAAAGCGGAUAAACACACAACCACACAACGAAACAGGUAGACGUAGACGCGUCUUGUGUUUGCUUAUUGUAAAUGCGCUCCUAUCUCAGUCGACUGUGAGCUUAGAGAAGGUGAAAGGAGCUCAAGUCGAUGGUUUCAGCCCCCACAUUCAGCUCACAAGAUCGCAGCAUGUGAUAUCGAUUAGAGGAUUGCAACACACAAGCACUUGUCUGUUCGCUGCACAUUUGCGACAAGACGAGACUUACACGUGCUUCUUCAUUUACAGUUUAACGUUGGUUGCAUUCCCAGGGGUAUCCUGCAGAUGAAAGUGAAAGUAGAACACCGAAUUGAAAGCUCGCCUUCCACUUCGCCUUUUUUUUUUUUUUGACUGAAUCAGCUUUUUUGACUGAAUCAGUUAACGGUAGAUGAAAGAUGGUGCACGUCUACAACUGCCACCCAUACGCCUCACAACAGAUUGUGCAGGUGGAGCAGGAGCCUGGCUUGAUCUGCUGUGGAGGCGCCGCCUUGUUUGUGGUUGCGACCGGGGGAUGCAAGGUGGAAGCCUACAAUCUGGAGCAGGAGGGCUGCCCUCUCAUCUGUCGCUUUGCUACCAUGGGCACGGUCAGGAGCAUCCUGUACAGCGACAUCGGAGACUACCUGGUCACGAUAGAGGAAAAGAACAGCGCCACCUACCUGAGAGCCUACACCAACUGGCGUUACCAGGCCGAGGAAAAGGCUCGCGUCGGAGUGCGCUUGUUGGGCCACUUCCUUCGAGGGGCGUCUCAGCGAGGCGGAGCGCAGAUGGAGAUCAUUGAAAUCCCCUUAUCAGAGCGUCCCGUGGCUGUGGCCUGUUGCCCGCUGACGGGUGACCUCCUGGUUGGCUGCGACAAGACUCUGGUUCUCUUUACUUUGAGAAGACACAACCAGCAAAACACGCCAAACGUACAACAGCCUUCAAACGGCCAGCAGAGCACCAGUCCGAGCUCAGAUCAGAGUUCAAACCAAAAUGCGUCCAUUCUGGACUUUGAACGCUCCGUCAUCUUGCAUCUUCCGGGAAUGAAACCUAAACAGGUGGCGCUGUGUGCAGGAUACGUAGCUGUGCAAGCGGAGCUAGAGGUGCUGGUCCUGAAACUGGAUGCUAAUGAUGAACCAAACGACCCGGUGCCAGAGGAGUCAUCCGAAGUGCCUAAAAAUGAUCAAGCUGAGGACCAGGUCGACUUCCUGCUCCUUCCUCGGCGCCAGGAGUUGCUGGGCGAGCGCGCGCGAGACUGCGACAUCCCCGUCAGCAUCGAGAAAACGGGGCUGGAGGACAGAGGACAAAACACCUUCUCCUAUGUUCUCUUCAGGCGUUUUACUCCAGACUACUUUCAGGGCUGCGGUGUGGAGACGCAGCUUCACUCCCUAAAACUGCAACCUUUAUUCACAAGCGGCCAGUCUGUGGUUGAAGAACCGCCUUGCGUGUUCUGCUUCUUCUCCCUUCCUACCACUGGCUACCUGUACAGCCUGAAAGGUGGAGUUGAGCUUGUCUCGAUUUAUCAGUAUCCAGAGAAGGUCUUGGAAGCCGUCCUCACAGAUCACCUCUUACACGUCAUUACCAAGAGCGCACUGCAGUGCUUCACGGUGCGUUGCGCAGCAGUCGCGGCCCGCUUGGAGGACCCCUACGUUGAUACCACAAUGAGGGCUUGUCCGCCCUGCAACCUGGAGGUGUGCGCCCUGAGGAUUCAGCUGUUCAUCGGCCUUCGCUCGGUGUGCACGUACGGCCGUCACGUCAUCCUGUUCUCUGCCGCUGACGUCGACGCGCCGGAGGAGACCGAACGCAACGCGCAACGUCGAGGCCUGAGCAGGAGGUGGACUGCAUCUGCUCCCAAGGACACCGAUGCUGUCGGACAUGGAUGGAAUCUCUAUGUGGUUGAAACCGUUCCUCCGCUCACUCUCUACCGAGAAAUGGUUGAAUACAGCCAGCAUUACGUGCAGAACAACCAGCAAGCGCAGAGCCUUGGGCACCUCCUGAGCGAAGCUCACCUGCUGCUCCGUGCGGCCUCGCUCCAGCCUCGUCAGCCGUGGUGGCGUGGCGGCGGCCCCGCACACGGCCGUCCUGACGAAGCAGAGUUGGAGGAGGCGUUCAGGGAGAACUGCGCUCAGCUGGCGGACUGUUUCAGCAGGGGAAGCCAGAGACACUGUCACCAAGCGCUGCCUUACUACAGAAUGUCGGGCCUAUCAGUCAUCGACGUCAUGGCCAGGAACCGCCCCCUCCCGAGCAGCCCACACACCUACGGCCCGGGCUUUUUGUUUUACCUGAAGCAUUUCCUUUUAGAAGAGACCGACCUGCAUCUCACUCAGGAAGCGGCCGAUGAGGUCAUCGACAUUUUUAGCCAAUCAGAACCCUCCCAGCUUGUCAGCGUGUGUGCCAGCCCAACAAUGGUAAAUGUAGACCCUCACCGGACACUUCAAAUCUUGCAACAUCUGGAGGACAGUGCAGGCGUGUCUGUUGCGCUGACAAUCACCAUGGCAACCAUGACGCUGCGAUUGGAUGAUCUGCCACAGUACACACAGCUGAUGGAGAGACAUGCCGAGAUGGUGCUGGUGUAUGGCUUCAUCGAGGAGCCAAGGCUGCUGCUGCACGGCGGAGGUGGAGGCCAGCACGCUCACAUCUGCCCCACGGCGUUGAGCCAACAAAUGGUCAAGUCCCAGCCUGGCCUGCUGGUGGCGUCCAUGGUCGCGCUGCACGAGAACAACAAAGUUCACCUUGAGCAGGUGGACCGAAUGUUUCAGACGCUGGGCUGUGGAAACAGCUUGCAGGUGGAUUUCUGGGAGGCGACGCUGAUGGCGUCAUCACAACAAGGUGUCAUUCAAGAGCUUCUCUUCCGAUUGUCGUCAGUCUACAUCGAGCGACUGAUACACACGAGCACAGACAAAUGUCUCCACGAACCUCCACCACGGAAGUCGUUGAAGAGCGCUGACGAUCUGAUCAAUUCCUGUUCCCAUUACGGUGCUUUGUAUCCCUGGCUUUUUGUUCUCAGUCCACUUCACAGUACCAACUUUCAACAUCAGGAGGCGUUACACAAGAUGCAGUCACUCCUUUGCGGACCGUCGCUGUCUGUGGGCUCAGUCACACCCUUUUUGGAAAGUCUGCCAGACAAAACCUUGUGGGGCUUCAGCCUGCACAUCCUGUGCGCCACCAGAAGAGGGCAGUAUGACCGCAGCAUUGAAGAGCUUCUGGAGCGAUGCCCCCAGGCUAUUAUUGCCUACGCCAAUCACCACUUGCAAGAUCAACACAUGGAUUUGUGGUGGAAGAAGCUGCUCCCAGAAAUCUGCAAUCGGACAAGAACCGCGUCGGACAACAGCAUUCUGUUGGCGGCUCUCAAAGAGACGCUGGUGGUUGUUGCCAUGGAGACAAGUCCUGCAGAGUUUUUGGAGCUCAUACCUGAUGACGGAACAGCUUCGUACUUCUUACCUCACUUGUUGACCUGCAGCCAGAGACACUUAUUGGCCUAACACGUGUGCAUGCAAACUCUUGAUCAUGUUGGCUACAGUUGCUUGAGUUGCUGUUUACAGUAUGGGUGUCACAAACACUGCCAAGUGGUCACGCCAUCGGUUUUGUCUUGGAACGGGCCUGCGGGCUACUCGUGCCUCUUGGGGGCUGCGCCUCGUUGCUCAUCACUGAAAUAUAUCAUGCAAACAUUCA